AUGGGUGUGAGAAAUGGAAUAUCUCAUGUCAUGUCAGCAAACAAAGAUGUCACACCUAUCUGUGAUUCUGCCCUUCCCAAAUGUGAAUUUCUGGGCCGCCUGAUGAUCAAUCCUCCAAAAUUCACUUUCAAGAAAAUAAAGUGUAACCACCGCUCCCUCCAAGUGUUCAGGUGUUUAGAAUGUGUCUUCGCUGCUUUUCGGCAGUGUAACGCGAAGCCGCCCAUCACCCCAAGUCCUCAAAACUUGCCUAGACCUCUCUCCAGGCAGCCCUGCAGAGCCCCCAGCAUCCCCGUGGCCCUCCCCAUCUCUGUACUGCUGGCCCUGGGGAUGCUCUGCUCCAGCCCCGCGUGCUCUCUGAGCUCCGAGCUGCCUGUGAGUCAUGGCAAUCUGGAAAGCUUCACACGCUGGAGUCAGAUGGAGAGAGUGUCCAUCAUGUCCUGUCUGAGGGACAGGACUGACAGAUUUCCUCAGACCCUGGAGGACGGGGCCUGGCUUGAGAAGACAGAAGCCGCAGCUGUUGUGCAUGAGUUGCUCCAGCUGACCUUCCAGCUCUUCAGCACCACGGGCUCCUCUGCAGGUCGGGACGAGAGCCUCCUGGACAGAUUCCUCGCGGGACUUGAUCAGCAGCUGGAGGAGGUGGACAUGUCUCUCAGGGAGGGAAGGACGAUGGAACACUCACCUCUAGGGAGUGAGAACUCCAGAUUGGCUGGGAAGAGUUACUUCCAGCGAAUCAGUGUGUAUCUCAAAGAGAAAGAAUACAGCCGCUGUGCCUGGGAGGUUGUCAGCGUGGAAAUCAGAAGGAGCUUGCUCUUGGCCAACAAGCUCAUCGGAAAACUCAGGAAAUAA